AUGCUAAGGCAGGAGAUCUCAACCUCACUUUCUGCCCCUGCGGCUUCCCCAGCAUCCGUAGAGGCUGGGUCACAAGGGCCCCGCUACAAUGUUGGACUCCCGGAGACACCCCAGAGCCGCCCUUCAGCCAAGGCCUCGGCCGCCUCCCCAACCUAUACGUCUGGAGCCGCGGGCGACCGGAGCAGCAGCAGCAGCCUCCCUCCUUUCGCGCCCAGCACCCUGCCUUCCCAAGGUUCAUACUUUGGAAACAAAAGAUCUUAUGCAGAAAACACGUUUGCAUCAAAUUUUACUUUUGGUACAAGCUCCUCUUCUGCACGAGACAAUAAUUAUCUUCAAACACUAAAAACUCCAUUGUCUGCUGGAAAUCCCCAGAGAUCAGGUUAUAAAAGUUGGACACCGCAAAUGGGAUAUUCAGCUACGUCCUCAUCUGCAGUUUCUGCACAUUCCGCAUCAGUUGUUGUAGCUGUUGUAGAAGGGAGAGGACUUGCCAGAGGUGAAAUAGGAAUGGCAAGUAUCGAUUUAAAAAGCCCACAAGUUAUAUUAUCUCAGUUUGCAGACAACACAACAUAUACAAAGGUGAUCACUAAACUCAAAAUUUUAUCACCUCUGGAAAUAAUAAUGUCAAAUACUGCUUGUGUUGUGGGGAAUUCAACAAAGUUGUUUACUCUGAUCACAGAGAAUUUCAAGAAUGUAAAUUUCACUACUGUCCAAAGAAAAUACUUCAAUGAAACAAAAGGACUGGAGUACAUUGAACAGUUAUGCAUAGCGGAAUUCAGCACUGUUCUGAUGGAAGUUCAGUCCAAGUAUUACUGCCUUGCAGCUGUUGCAGCUUUAUUAAAAUAUGUUGAAUUUAUUCAAAAUUCAGUUUAUGCACCAAAAUCUCUGAAGAUUUGUUUUCAAGGCAGUGAACAGACAGCCAUGAUAGAUUCAUCAUCAGCCCAAAACCUUGAAUUACUAAUUAAUAGUCAAGAUUGUAGGAAUAACCACACUCUCUUUGGUGUUCUGAAUUACACUAAGACUCCGGGAGGGGGUAGAAGGCUUCGUUCUAAUAUAUUAGAACCUCUAGUUGAUAUUGAAACCAUUAACAUGAGAUUAGAUUGUGUUCAAGAACUGCUUCAAGAUGAGGAACUCUUUUUUGGACUUCAGUCAGUUAUAUCAAGAUUUCUUGAUACUGAGCAGCUUCUUUCUGUUUUAGUCCAAAUUCCAAAGCAAGACACGGUUAAUGCAGCUGAAUCUAAAAUAACGAAUUUAAUAUACCUAAAACAUACCUUGGAGCUUGUGGAUCCUUUAAAGAUUGCUCUGAAGAACUGUCGCAUGCCUUUAUUAAGAGCUUAUUAUGGAUCGUUGGAAGAUAAGAGGUUUGGAAUCAUACUUGAGAAGAUCAAAACAGUAAUUAAUGAUGAUGCAAGAUACAUGAAAGGAUGCCUGAACAUGAGGACUCAGAAGUGCUAUGCAGUGCGGUCUAACAUAAAUGAAUUUCUUGACAUAGCAAGAAGAACAUAUACAGAGAUUGUAGAUGACAUAGCAGGAAUGAUAUCACAACUUGCAGAAAAAUAUAGUCUUCCUUUAAGGACAAGUUUUAGCUCCACUAGAGGAUUUUUUAUCCAGAUGACUAUAGAUUGUACCACCUUACCCAAUGAUCAACUUCCUUCAGAGUUUAUUAAGAUUUCUAAAGUGAAAAAUUCUUAUAGCUUUACAUCAGCAGAUUUAAUUAAAAUGAAUGAAAGAUGCCAAGAGUCUUUGAGAGAAAUCUAUCACAUGACUUAUAUGAUAGUGUGCAAACUGCUUAGUGAGAUUUAUGAAUAUAUUCAUUGUUUAUAUAAACUGUCUGACACUGUGUCAAUGCUGGAUAUGCUCCUGUCAUUUGCUCAUGCCUGCACUCUUUCUGACUAUGUUCGGCCAGAGUUUACUGAUACAUUAGCAAUCAAACAGGGAUGGCAUCCUGUUCUUGAAAGAAUAUCUGUGGAAAAACCUGUUGCCAACAAUACCUAUAUUACAGAAGGAAGUAAUUUUAUUAUUAUAACUGGACCAAAUAUGAGUGGGAAAUCCACAUACUUAAAACAGAUUGCACUUUGUCAGAUUAUGGCCCAGAUUGGAUCAUAUGUUCCAGCAGAAUAUUCUUCCUUUAGAAUUGCUGAACAGAUUUUUACAAGAAUCAGUACUGAUGAUGAUAUAGAAACAAAUUCAUCAACAUUUAUGAAGGAAAUGAAAGAGAUAGCAUAUAUUGUACAUAAUGCUAAUGACAAAUCACUCAUAUUAAUUGAUGAACUUGGCAGAGGUACUAAUACAGAAGAAGGUAUUGGCAUUUGUUAUGCUGUUUGUGAAUAUCUGCUGAGCUUAAAGGCAUUUACACUGUUUGCUACACACUUCUUGGAGCUAUGCCACCUAGAUGUCCUGUAUCCUAAUGUAGAAAACAUGCAUUUUGAAGUUCAACAUGUGAAGAACACUUCAAGAAAUAAAGAAGCAAUCUUAUAUACCUACAGACUUUGUAAGGGAUUCACAGAAGAAAAAAAUUACGGAUUAAAAGCUGCAGAGGUAUCAUCACUCCCACCAUCAAUUGUCUUGGAUGCCAAAGAGAUCACAAGUCAAAUUACUAGACAAAUUUUGCAAAACCAAUGGAGUACCCCAGAGAUGGAAAGACAGAGAGCUGUAUACCGUCUAGCUACGAGGCUAGUUCAGACUGCUCGAAACUCUCGAUUGGAUCCAGACAGUUUACGAAUGUAUUUAAGUAAUCUCAAAAAGAAGUACGAAGCAGAUUUUGCCAAGGCUGAGCAAGUUUAA